CAACGGGUGGAUCAUAUGCUCGCUUAGUUUCUGAACGAAAAUCAGACAUUUUCAUUUCGUAGGUAAAUAAAUCAGACUUACGAACAUUGUAUUAUUUUCAUCGUAACGACUCCUUCCGCAUCAUCAAUCGCAAAAAAACCAGUAAAACAUAAACCAUCCAAGUGACUCCUACAUAAACAAAGUGAUUAGCAUUGUAUUAGUGAUUGAAAUCAACUAGUGAAUUUGCACUAGUUAUGGAUCAAGAGAGGCCAGAAAGCAGUUCGAACCAUGGAAAGAGGACACGACCUUUGUUACUUCAACCAAGUCCGAAGAUCGCUAGAGUGUCAGCGUACGCGAGCUCAACGUCUAGUGGGGUCUUAAAGAACUCCAAAAAGUUCGGUCCCCACUCGCCGAAGAGGGCUAAAGUGUCGUAUAACAGGAAUGAUGUGCCAGCACCUGGGACGCCUGUUCCUGACAAGCUGGUUCGUAAGGCAGGUCCGUACCUCCUUGGUCCUAAACUCGGGCCAAGUCCUGUGAAAAGCAUAGUGCAGUGCUUGGCAAGGAAGGAGAGAACAGAUGAGUUUUACCAGGUGAAGAUUUUAACCCUAAGAAAUGAAGGGCAGCCUGAAACCCAAGAUGAUAGACAAGGCAAGAUGCUGCUGCAUACAGAAUAUUCUUUACUGUCCUUGUUGAAGGACCAGGAUGGGGUCAUUCACCACCAUGGGCUGUAUAAGGACCACGCUUUAGAAGAAGUUCCAAACCCAAACGGCAACGGUUUCAUCUACACGGGCCGAGUUCGACAGCGUCUCUUCCUAGUACUGGAUUGCGUCAGUUCUCACCAGUUCAGUGAGAAAGGAUCAGAGCUGGUCAAUCUUCAGCAGUAUGUUACUAAAGUCAAGAAGGUGCCGGAGAAAGAGGCUAUACUGAUAUUCUAUGAUAUUGUGAGGGUUGUCGCUAAUUUGCAUAAGAGGAACAUUGUGCACAGGGACUUGAAGUUGGGUAACAUAGUGCUGAACCAACGGACGGGCCGUGUUAUCAUCACCAACUUCUGUUUAGGCACCCAUCUCGGUAGCGACCGGGACCUUUUGAAGGAUCAGAGAGGAUCACCAGCCUACAUUUCCCCGGACGUGUUACUCUGCAAGCCGUACUUAGGCAAGCCGUCAGACAUGUGGGCUCUAGGCGUUGUGUUAUACACCAUGCUUUACGGACAGUUCCCAUUCUGUGAUACCAGUCUAGCACAACUGUUUAGUAGGAUACAAGCUGCCAAUUAUAAUAUACCGCCAGAUGGCAACUCUGUGCAAGUAUCUGACAACACUGUGUUCCUAAUACAAAGGCUGCUGGUCAAAGAUCCCAAACAUAGACUAAUGGCUGAUGAGGUACUAGACCAGCUUUCUAGCAUAAUAGCAAGCUACGUCACCAUUCCAAACCCGCCUGAAGAUUUGCAAGUGGUUCCCGACGUACCCCUAGAGGAAGAAAAUAAAGAGAAAUCGCCGAAUACCGUCCAGUCUUCUACCGAAGUGGAUAGGAAACCCUUUCUCAAUAUACCUGACACUCAUAUUGAGAGGCCGCCUAAUCCUGCGGAUGAACUGGGCGUAUUCUGCGUACCUCUACCAGACUUCCUCGCUCUAAACUUCCCAUCACCCACCCGAGUGAACCAAAACAGCAUUAUCAUACAUCCCACCCACACUGCCGUUGAUUCUUCAUCCAUCACAUCCCCCAACCAGCAAAACCAGCGACAAAUCACCGUUCAAAGGAUCGGAAGGGAUGCCCGUCCCCUUCUGCCGUGUGAAAUAGCCAGGUACCAACACAUGUUUGCUUCUAACCAACCUUCGCGACCAGAACCAAAUCGCAGACCAGAUGCACCCAACUUCGUUCCCGAAACUCGACAAGAAAGACCACAAAAUUCCAGACUGCAUAGCUUAGCCCAACGCAUUCCGAGACUCAACCCUAUAGCGACCACUUCAGGACAAAAUUCUGCAGACUUCAGAGUUAUACAGUGGUCCGAAUCUCGGUCUAGGGGUUGGGACAACGAUUAUGUACUACGACUACCGGUUCUAGAUCUUUCUAGAGUGAAUGGGAAUAGGAUUAUGAAUCCGGCACCAGUUCAUACGAUUAAUUCGGAAGCUGUGGUUAAUCACCCAAGGCCUCAUGUUGACCCUUCCGAUGUCGAUUAAAACCUCUUUAGAGUAAUAGACGGAUAAAAAAAAAUUGGUAAGUGUAGCAACAAAAGUAUAUUUUAUGGCUAUGGAAAAUUUUGUAAUUUGAUUUUUUAUUUCACAUUGAUUAGUAGAAAAAGCGAGUAUUCUAGAAUGACACUUAAGUAUGGAUCUUAAAUUUUUUUAAUCAAUCAAAUUCUGUAACGAAAGAAUUUGGUCUUGGGUAUGAUUUUAGACUAAAGGCCUAAGUAUGUAUGCAGAUUGAUUCUAUUUACUUUUGUAGCUAUGUGUUUAAUCUAUGAUCAAUGUGUUAUUGGUAUAGCUAAGGUCAAGACUCCAUAGUGGAACGGAGAAGAUUUUGAACAACGUACCUAAGCGGAUGAAUUCCAUUGGUUGUUUAAAAACUUGUCUUUUCGGCUCUAGGAGUCUGGGCCCAGUUGUUAUGUAAUAAGUGCUCAACAGAAUAGAAAUAUCUAUGUAUUCGUGAAGGAGGAUAGUUUCAAUUUGACUUAAUACCUGCCAAAAACGAACAAGACUUCAUUGAUUUGAAUCAAUUUAUUCCUGUAUUUCAGUUCUUUUUUCUUUUCCUUUUCACGAAUAAUUUAAUUCCGUGGAGAUCGGCCACCGCAAACACUUUUAAAAAUGAAGAAAAUAUUGUAUUGCUAAUUACUGGCUGAAACCAAUUUAUUUUACUGCCAUAACAAAUGAAACAUGUAAAGAGUUUAUUACCAUAGAGUGCUUUUUAUUUGGCAGUAAGUCUGACAUCAGUUUUAGGGAGGCAAUUGAAUUUAGUUUUGCAGUAUGAACGGAAUUUAAUAACUGUUAUAAUUUUCUUCUUUAUUAUCGUUUAAGUCUGAUACUUUUAGAUUAGCAUUGUAUUAAUUUUAAGUAAGUAUAUUUGUUUAAAAUUAAUCAAAUAGUUUGUGGGUUGCAAAAGUAAAGAUAAAAGUAUUGUAUAUCCACAUUUCAUCAUGUUUCUAAACAAUAUUUUAACAUAAGAAGUGGAAUAUGACAGCCUUACUUACAAAAAUCUCUAAUAACCUUCUAAGCAACAUUUUAACUAAUUACUACUUAAAGCCUUAAGUACUGAUUAAAUGUUAGUUAAGACAUGCUUAAGCAACGUUUAUAAGUAAGAAUUUUCUUAAACAGCCCUUAAGUAUUACUUAUUAUUUAAUUCACGUUUAUAUGUAAGGCUGUAAUUGUAUAGUUCGCGCCAAACUUGAUGGCUUCUCACAACUGACAUCUGUCAUUCAGAUUGGCGCGAAUUGCACUUGUAAAAUCUUUUUGCUGUAAGGUGUGAUUAAAUACAUUCUUCUUAGUUUUGCAACUCCUUUUGAUUUAUAUUUUGUGUAACGCCUAGAUUGUUCGGCUUUAACAUAGCCGAUGUGAUUCAUUAUGUUUAGCUGUUUUAUGAACAUUUCGGAUUUGAAUAGUUUUAGAGAUGUUCAGUGGUUCUUUAUCGAGUAACUACUGGUAAGUAUGCGUUUCUAUUAUGCAAGUAAUAUGUGGGCACUAUUUCAGUAUAAGUUACGUGGCUUUCAAAUUUAAUGCCUUUAAAGAGAUUUCUCAAAAUCUCAUAGAAAAAGAUGUCACUCAAAGUAUUUGUUUUUAUUUCAAGUAGGCCUUUGCAGGCUCCUAUGAAACAUCAAUCUAGCUACAUAGUUCCAAAAAAGUUGGUCUCAUGGAGAAGGACCGGCAAGAAAUACCCAUGGAUUCUUUUAGAAGUGGAUCUGAUGGUAAAUAUGUAUUUAAUAUACUUAAUGGUCAUGGCUUAUAUCCAUAUCCAUAUCGUAGAAAGAUAUCGAUAUUACCUGCAAUUAAACUAACGCCAUCUAUGGGCGGAAACAGCAAAUACAUUGCCAUCGCGAAAAUCUUCAUUUACUUGCAUAAUAGCGACGCAGGAUGUAAACAUAAAUAUUUUUAUACACAGGAACUCGGGUACUCGAUUUUACUUAUUUUAAGUAGUUAUUUUUUAAUAUCAAUGCAAUUAUUUUUUAUAUAAAUAAUAAUUGUCAAUCAAUUUAUUACUUAAAGUUUAUCGUCCAUUUAAUUAUUAUUUUUGAUUGUGAUGUGAAAUUGUAAGUAUUUUCGGAAGUGUAAGAAAAGUGAUUAUAGUGCCAACUUGUAGUUAGAUUAUAAAAUUGGACAUCAAAAAGAAAACGUGUUUCUACGUUACUCCAACCACCUAUUUCCAAAAUAUGGUUAAGAAAAUCAAUCGGAGUUAAGCUAGAAAUGAAUGAUUUCUGUGGAGGGACUUAAUUUUCUAAACAUUGGGAUCAAGGAUAGUAAGAAUUUUGUAUAUUUUUCUUUACGUAUCCUUUAUAUUAUUAUGUGCGUGAUCAAAUAUUUUAGAACUAACUAAUCGUGUAAUAUAGUUCAGGAUGAACAUCAACUCCAAUUUAGAUAAGCAUAUAAUCAAUCUUGUAUUUAAAACUGCUACAAUAUUAACAACGAUAAAUAUGCGAAUUGAAAAUACUGCCACUUACUUAAUUAGUCAAUAAAAUAAGCGUAAAUUCAAUUCAGAAAAUAGGCAUUUAGGAUCUUAGCAAUAUUGCAUCUCUAUAACAGUACCAACUAAUAUAACUAACGCAUAGUAGUGAAUAAAUAUUAUUAUUAACACAAUUUCAUAUUUAACUAGAACUCAUUCGUCAUAUAAAUAAAUCUUGUAGCGAUCAAUAACCAUUUAUGAUAUGUAUCUGAAUUGAAAAAAAAAGUAUAAUUCUUGGUAACUGCUAACAGGUAUUUACAUGUUAAGUAAUCAUUAAUGUGGGAAUUGCUAACAUCUAUCUAAAUCAUAACAUCAUCAAAUCUGCUGGCAGAAAAAAUACAACCUUGACGUUGGUUUAAAUUGACCAUAUUUUAUACAUUAUUAUUAUUCUUAAUCUAAUAUACUGAAAUCAACAUGUAGCCAUUUAAAAAAAGCUGGAUAUCUUAAUCUUAUGUAUGUAGUUAUACAUUUUUUUUACCUUUGAAUUUUACGAAAGUAAAAUAUGUAAAUAGUGCUUUGUAUGUCGUCGCGCAAAUUCCAAUGUCGUAAUACAGUUUGUACAGCGCCAUCUACCGGUGGAGAGCGUACUUCAUUACUUCUAGUGUCUAAAGACAGAUGUCGCUACGCGUAUGAAAAAACAUUUUGUAUUCUCAAAUGAAUGUUGUAGUUUAGUAGUGUAUAAAAUUGAUGAUCGAACGUAUUAUAAGUAGGACAAUUUUGUUAUUUGUUAGUUGCAUGCUAAUGUGGUAUGUAAGCUAAUAAAAUGAAUUAUAAAAUGAA